CGCGUGCGUUUGCUUAACUACCAAAACAAUUACAUCGAAGAGAUCCGCCAUCUGUCUCAUUUGCCCAACCUGAUCUUCUUGGAUUUGUACAAUAAUUGUAUUGAAAGCUUGUCGCGUGACCUUGAGUGCGUUCCCACACUGCGAGUGUUGAUGUUGGGGAAGAAUCGCAUCAAAGCUAUCUCUCAUCUCGAGAAGCUGGGUAAGCUCGAUGUCCUUGACCUUCAUUCGAAUGCAAUAGCAAAGGUAGAGCACCUUGGCGCACUAUCAGAAUUGCGAGUCCUGAACCUUGCGGGUAACCGUCUCACCGAGCUUGAUGAGCUUGGUAGCCUACAAUCCCCCACAGAGCUUAAUGUGAGGCGCAAUCAAAUCGUCAAGGCUUGCUCACUGCAGCAAUUACAGUCCCUCCAGCGCGUCUUCCUGAGUAACAAUCGAGUCCAAUCAUUUGACGCGGUUGCUUGCCUUUUUGAUGUUCGUUUCCUUAUGGAGCUCAGCAUGGAUGGCAAUCCUAUUGCUCUGCAAGAUCCACAUGCUUAUAGGCGCUUCGCUGUAGAGCGUGUUAAGACACUCCGGCACCUUGAU